AUGGCGUUCCUAUCAGGUGAAUAUCAAUGGAACACAGAAUUAUGGGCACAUGGACCAAGUCCAGGAAAAUUUUACAACUUUCCUGGUACUUCUCAAGAAUCCGACCAGUCUGAUAUUGUCAAACGUACAUUGCACCCUACAGUAACUGGCACAUCUGUCAUGGGAAUAAUUUUCAAAGACGGCAUAAUGCUGGCUGCUGACACACUCGGAUCAUAUGGCACAUUGGCUCGUUACCGUGAUCUUUCUCGUGUUUCCGUUGUGAAUGAUGCUACUGUUAUUGCCGCUGGUGGAGAUUAUGCUGAUUUUCAAUAUCUUAAAUCCGUCAUAGAACAAAGAGUAAUUGAUGAGAACUGUUAUGAUGAUGGCUUCAAUUACACUCCCCAAAGUUUGUUCUCCUGGCUCACAAGAGUUAUGUACAACCGCAGAUCCAAGUACGACCCUCUGUGGAACACAUUUGCUGUUGGCGGAAUAAAUAAUGGCAAACCCUUCUUGGGUUAUGUUGACAAAAUUGGCACUGCCUACACAUCUAACACUCUUGCGUCUGGAUUUGGUGCUUACUUGGCCCGGCCAAUGAUGAGAGAUGCUCUGGAGAAGAACCCAGAUAUGUCUGAAGAGGAAGCAAAGGCCGUUAUUAUGAGAUGUAUGAAAGUUCUUCAUUACAGAGAUGCCCGUUCUCUCAAUAGGUUUGAAAUUGUUACGGUUACCAAAGAUGGCGCUAGAGUUGAAGGUCCACUUUCAAUCAAGCCUGAUUGGAGCAUAGUGCGUCAAUCUCGUUGUGGGAAAUCAUCCUGA